AUUACCUUACUAUCGUUGUCUGUUGGUAGAAAGUCGAAUAGCGAUCUAUCGAUUUUACAUUGGAUGAGUACACGACUAUGACUCGAGCACCGACCAUCAAACAAAAAAAUACAAAAAAUUUCACCCAACGUCCAGAAAAGCGUCACUGCGUUGUUGUGGCAAUUAUAUUGUGUUUGUGUGCCGUGUAGACAAUGGAAUAUGGAUGACGAUGUGUGUUAACGGACAGUUGUACAAUCCUGUAUGAUGUAACAAGUAAUAUACUAACAUGUAACGCACACACGCUGCCAAAUGUAAUAGUCCGACACCGAUUUUGUGGUUAUACUACGGUACAUAAUAUUGUACAGUUGUAUAUUGGUUAAAACCAUAAAGUGAUUGGCAAUAUGGUUAAAACCACUGAUAAUCAUGCCCUUAUUGAUAAAAAAUUUUGUAAGAUUAAAUUAGUUAAGAUCAUAGUUAAAAUUUAAAACUUAAAAUUUGAAAUAUUCUACUUGAAAAACUUCGAAUCCACUUAUUGUGAUCUGUGUAGAGUAAUCAUUAUAAACAUAAACCACUAAGUUAUAAACAUUUUUCGACUAAAUGUGGCAACAGCAGGCUUUUGUAAUCGAUUCCAAAUUUAAUGCAUAUAGAACUUCAAACCAUCCAAAUUUUAGUAAGUCAUUAAUUAUAAAAUUAAUUUGUUAUCCAAUUAGUCGAUUAAAUGUAAUAUUAAUAUUUCCUAAUAUAAUCUAGGAACUCUUUACAUUAGGAGAAGAAAUCAACUUCUUAGAGAAAAAUCUAAACAAGAAGUAAGUUUUAAGUGUAAACAUUAUGAACUUUAUUAAGAUUUAUGAAAUUAUUUUACUUUUAAAGGAUACAAUUCAAAAUAUGACAAGUCAUUCAAGAAAAAAAUAUUUACGUAUUCGAUCAGCAAUUUUACAAAACAGAUACAAUGUUUUUUUCGAUAAGCAGUCAUAUAAUGUUCGUUGUGCUAGUAAAUAUAAAUAUAUAUUAAUUUCACUUUUCAUGUAUAAAUAACAAUAAGAUUUAAUUGUGUAAGAAUCAAAAUCUACAAGAUUUAUAGGGAAUUUAUUUUUAUUUAUUAUUUACAGAGAAACAUUACUAGAAGAAAAUGUUAAGGGAAUAAUAUUUUUUUUAUCGUUAUUUUUACAAAUUUUCUAAAUUUUGAUUAUUCAUUGAUCUAUUUUUAUUUUUUAUAGAUAAGUUUAAGCAAAGAUAAAUUAUUAGAAAUAGAUUCAUUAUAUCGAAACUAUGAUGUUUUACCUACUUCUAUUUCAAACACUCAAAAAUCUAUGGUUGGCAAUAUCGAAGAAAAUGAAUUAUUCACUAACGUUCAUCACAUUUACGAUCAAGUAUAUUGAUGAUAUUUAUACUUGUAUACAAUUCAGUUUAAUAAUUUUGUUUUUAUUGGGAAUUAGCAUUCAGAAGCAGUAACUAUGUUGAAAUUUGCGAAUAAUAAUAAAUCUAAAUUAUGUUGUGCUUCAAAUGAUGGAACACUUAGUAUCUGUGAUGUUUUGACUUCACCACCAAGUGUAAAAGCUAUAUUACGAUGUCAUACUGGGCCAGUUACUGGUAAUAUUAUAUUAUUAUAUUAAUAUAUUAUACAUAUUUACUAUCUAUAAACUAUUUGAUUAUUUACAAUUCACUACAGAUAUGCAUCAUAUAUAUUGUGUAAUUUUAAAUUUAAAUCUAAAAACUACACAGCGUUAUAUUAUAUGGGGUGAAUUUUUUAGGUUAAAUGUAUUCAAGUUCUAAAUUUUGGGAUUUUUAAGUGUAGCUCAAGUCAAUAUUUUCAAAUAAUUAGAUUUUUCAUAACAUUUAAGAAGCUGUGGUACCAACUUUAGUUUCUCAUUUGAAAAAUCUAAGUAUUCAAAAAUAUCUUAAACUACACAAAAAAUCAGAAUUUGAUUAUAUGCAAAAUUUAACCAAAAAAAUGGAGUGAGCAUGCUUAGUGAAUCAUCCUAUGUAUAACUGUUUUUUAAUAUUACAGCUGUAAAAUAUUUACACCAACUAUUUUAAGCUCUUUUCAAUCCCCUCUACCUCCAAGGCUAGUUCCAAUUCAUCUAGAACUUUGGAAUUUGAAAUAUAAAUAGUAUUAAAGGUAAAUAUUACAAAGAUAUCAAAAACUAAUUAAAAUCUAAUUUAGUGGGAGUGGAAGUAGGUUUUAUUUAUAAAUGAAUGUGUAUAAUAAUUAGGAUGUGUGAGAAUUUUUGGAAUUUUACUGAAAUUGCUUUGUAGAAAAAAUUUUUUCACACUAAUAGAUAACAAAAUGCCAAAGAUGCAAAAUUUAAAAAUCAUACUGAUUUUAACAUAAUUUGAAAUUCCUGACAAGUAUCAGUAGUUUUUUUUUUUAAUAUUUAAUGCUUACAAGCUAUGUUUUGGAUUAAGUGAAUAACUAAAAUUAAAACUAAUUUUAAUAAUAUUUUGUUUCAAAUUCAAACUUUCUAUUAAAAACUAUUAAAAAGUCCUUCAUCAAUUUUAUAUCUUCUUCUCCUUUGCUUUCAUUCCAACUAUUUUUGUUUGGCCACCUGUAUUCUAAACAUCCACUUCACCUGAUUCUCUGAAUUUUCUUCAUAUCAUUCGCAAUGACAUCUAACCACUUCUUUUUUGGUCUGCCUCUUUCCCUCUUUACUCUUACAUCUAUUUUUAUUAGGUCGCCACCUGCUAUCUUUUUGCAGUAAGCAAUUUGUUUCCUUAUCCCUGUACUUCCAUUCCCUGUAUGUUAUCCAAGAAAAAUGACUAACUACCAAAUCAGCUCACUGACGAUUCCUAUAUGCUACCUGGCACUUGUAGCUUACUACUAUACCAGCAAUUAUACGGGUUCUUCCUUCAUGUACUGUUUGUCUACUAGAUUAUACUGAAUUCCCAUUAUGAUUAAAAUUAUAUUGUACUUGUACUUACUCUUGAUUAAACCCAUUUUUUCUUUUGCUCACCUUUAAUCCAGUAGAUUAUAUUUAUGUACUACUAAAAUGUAUCACAAAAAUCACAACUUUUAUCAGAUGACUUCAAUAAAUUUAUCUUUCCCAACAACAUUAUCUGUGUAUACACCUACCACUCUCAUAUCAUUCUCAACCUUCAACUACUCCUUAUUUGGUCUUCCUCUCCUUUCUUUCCUCCUAAGUCUAUUUUCAUAACAAUUCUUACUGCUUCUGAUUCUUCUCUCAUCAUAGGGUGUCCAAACCAUCUCAGUUUAUUUAGUCUCAUUUUGUUCACUACCAAAGCCACACCUUUUACUGUUUCUUAUGUACUGAUUCCUUAUUUAAUCUUCCCUAAUUACCUAAAUAUUCUCAUCUCUGUUACACUCAUUCUCUGUUCUAUCUGUCUACUGUCUAACACUCCAAAUCAUAUAACACAUUGUUGGUCUCACCACACUCUUGUAGAACAUACCUUGUGGUCUUAUUGGAAUUCUCUUGUUACAUAAAACACACCUACGUUUCACAUCCACAUCAUAGCCACCUUUUUUGAACAAAAGAUCCUAGGUACUUUAAGUUUUUAACCUCAAAAUUAACCUUUUUCUAAAAGUCGAUAUGUAAACUGUGGAAAAAAAGAUUUAACAUUAUACAAUCUGCUGCAAUUUAUUUUUCUAUACCUUCUAUUUAUACCAUAUAUUAUAUAAUAUAUAGUUUAAUUGGUUAAAUUGGUAAGAUAAAUCCAAAAGUAUUUUUAAGUUUUAAUGAAACAUACUAAAUAUCAGUUCCUUUACUUUUGAUAAUACUAGUUAGUCCCUACAUAAAAAUGUUAGUUAUCAGUAGUAGUUCCAAGUUUAAUAUUUAAUUCAACAUGAUGGAAUUUACAACAAUGUUUAGCCAGAAUAGCAAUGAAUUCAGUGUAAAACAAUUUUAAAUUCAAAAUUAAAUAUGAAUCAAAAAUAAAUGGUUAUAAAACAUGCAAGGCCAAAUUGUUCUUCAACCUUAUUGAUUAUGGAAAUCCCUGAACCAUUUUUCUGUAAACUUGGCCAAUCAAUAAACUUUUUUCUGAUCUUCCUUUUUUUCCUAGUCUCAAUCAACUUAUCAUAUUCUUAGCUUCCUUGCACAGUCAAUUUAAAAUAUUUUUGAUUAUUUAAAGUAUAUUAUAUAUUAUUAUGUUCUACAAAAUAUUAAGUUACUGCUUUCAAUAAUAGUAAUUUAUUAAUCAUAUUUUCUUCAGGAUUUGAUUGGUCUACAUCAGAUGAAUUAAUAGCAAGUUGUUCCACUGAUGCAACAAUUUGUUUUUGGGAUUCUAAACAAUAUUGUUGUUUAAGGUGUGUCAAUGAUUUAUUUUAUUCAUCUGUAUUGGCAUGUAUAUUUAAUCCAAUCAAUAAUAACAUUCUUAUAGUAAGUUAUUUUUAAAUUUAUUAUUAAAAAUGUAGUUGUAUAAUAAUUUAAAUAAUCAAUUCAGACAGGAAACAAAGCAGGAUAUGUGUGUGUAUUAAAUGUUUCAACUGGUAUGUAUCCUAAAAAUGGCCAAGUAAAAAUAGGUGGUGAAAUUUUAUCUCUAGCUGUUAACAAUAGUGGACAAAUAAUUUGGGUUGGAAAUGACAAAGUAAUAUUUUUUAGUUAUUUUCUUUUUAAAAUUUUAAACUAUUUCUGUUUAAAAAAACAAAAAGUACAUUGUUAAUUAGCUAUAGGUAACUAAAUUAUCUGAUAAAUUAACAAUACCUACUAAUGUUUCUAAAUGUAUAGGGUGACAUUGUAUCUCUAAAAUUAAACAACAGUGAUAAUAGUUAUCUUACUAAAUGCCAUCGAGUUAUAACAUCACCAAAUCGUGGUGCCAUUACUUGUCUAAGUUGGAAAACAUGGAUAAGCAGAAAGGCAAGAGAUCCAAUGUUAUUAGCGAAUUGUGGAAAUAAUCGAUUAUAUCUUUAUAAGUUUGUAGAAUAAAAUAAUGUUAAACUAACAAACCAAAAUAUAAUGAUUUUAUUAUACUUAGAGUUUCUGAAAAUGAUGAUUCUUCAUUGACAUUAAAAAAACAAUUUAUAAUUCCUCAUACUCAUGGCAAAAACGUAUUGCGUUCAGCAUUUUGUCCAAUAAUGUCAUUUCGACAGGGUGCAUGUGUUGGUAUGUAUUAUAAUUUUUAUUUUAUAUUCAAUUUACAAAUAAUAUUAAUUUUCAUUUUGCAGUUACAACUAGUGAAGAUUCUUGCAUUUAUUUUAUAGACAUAGAUAAAGAGUCAAAUUAUUUUAUCAAUAAACUACAAGGGCAUGCCUGUUUAACACUGGGUGUUUCAUUCAACUACAAUGAAACUAUUUUAGCAACAAGUGAUGUACAAGGAAUCAUUAUUAUUUGGUCUCAGCAAUGUCAAAAACAAGAACAAUCUUUAUAACUAAUUAAAUAAUUUUUAAUCAUUCAAUUUUAAGUUAAAACAUUCUAAUAAAAUUAUUUAGUUUUUUAGAUAAAUUUGUAAUUAAUGAAAUAAUAUAUCAAUGUUUAUACAUAGUUUAAUAAAUAUUUAACUAAACAAAAUUAUAAUUAAAUAAUAAUACAAUAAAAAAAUACAUAUAUUAUUCUUAUAUACUAUAUUAAUAAAAAAAAAAAAAAAAUAAUGUUAAUUUUAAAUUGCUGUAACCCAAUACCUGAAAAGAAGAGGGAAAAAAUGGCAUUUGUCUACAAUGUGAAAUAAAUAAAAAAAAAAUUUUUUGUUUAAACAACUAAUCUUAAUUUUACUUGGACUUCCAGAAUCCAAUAACCUUAUACAAAUAUAUAAAAACUUAAAAGACAUAUUUGCUAAAAGAUCUCUUAUACAUUUGUAGUUUCUAAAGUAAAAUAUAAUAAAUUUAAAAAAGUAAUACAAUUAGUUUUAAAAUGGAAGAAAUAUAAAGUUAAAUAAACAUCAUUAAAUGUAUUUAUAAAAACCUUGAAUGUUUUUGAUACAUUUCCCAGCGUAUAUCAUCAGAUUCAUGUGUCAAAAAUCGAGUACUAUCCCCUGUUGAUUUUUCUAGUUCUCUUAAAUCACACCAAGUUUGAUAAUCCUAAACAUAUCAAUUACUUAAAUAUAUUUUGUAAUAUUUAUUAAUUUCCAAAAAACCAUUGUCUUAAUUAAAGCCCUC